UAUAUGCAAUACUGUAGUCUCUUUACAAGAACAUAGGAAGCAAAAAAACCAACUAGUUGAGUUUCUGCUUGUUGAAAGAGCCCUGUCCUGUGUACUUGAGCCUGUGUGAUCAUGGCAGUGUGGGGCAGGAGCACGUUGCUGGUGGCUACUUUGUGGAUGUGUUUUGGCAAAGCUGCAGCCUUUCUUUCAGAACCUAAUGUUUGUUUCGUGCUGGAUGGGAUCCUGUUCUUGUACGGUGUCAUCCUGACAGCGUUCUACUGCAAAAUUAAGAUCUGCAAUGCCAGAGAAGCUGGCUCAGGAAAGCAGAAGAAGACGGUUGAAGAGGGCCUCUAUUCGGAUUUGACCCAUCGUGUCCAGGACACAUAUGAAACCAUCCACAUGAAGAAGUGAUGUGAUUGAGUGCAAGAUGGACAUUGUCUACCUGAUUGCUUUUUUUACUUUCAUAUUUUAGUAUUCAAUGAUAUCCAUGGCAUACAUUUUGAGAGAAUGUGAAACUGUGAGCAACAGUGUUCAUUUCCCCUUCGCUUGUUCAGAAUCUUUGUGAGGUCAAAUUAAGAAAGACAAGGGUAAGAAACAGGGAAGUUGCGAUCAGGGCAGGCAUUUCUCAGAAAUGCUUGUUAGAUCAGAUGUUUUCUGCUCUGUGAUAUUAAAUUUUUGAAAGGGUUAUGGCCAGUUUUUGUAUAUGUGUGAAUGUGUUUGAAUACGAAAGACAUGAUUUCACUGUACCUUUUGUGUACCUUCAAGUUGUAUUGCUUGCAGGAGAUGAAAAUCAUCUGGAAAUUGAAAACAUAUUUUCCUGUUUUGUGUUAGUUGUAAAUAAUGCUGAGGGAAAAGAGCUGUGUUUCCAGUACACCACAGGAUGGCAGUGAUGGUGUGGUCCUUACCUGUCCACAUUCACGAAACACACACACCAGGGAGAUCUGGAAGAAAUCACACAGCCAGCUGACAGAAUAAAUCUAUUUUCACUAUCUGUAGGAAGCUUAGACUCGUUUUUCAUGUUAUUAUCACAUUACUUUGAAUUACAGUGGGGAAUGAGGACAACCACAAUUAUGUCUAAACAGGGAGUGACAAACCUCCGGCCACAAACAACUUUAUGCAAAUAAUCAAAAGUAAUAAUUUCAUGAUGAGCACAAUGGAGAUGUUUGUAUCCAGGAUAUCUAGGUUUUGUUUCUGGAUAGUGGGAGGAAGAGCAGCUGCGUCGUCUAUCUUUGAAUACAGUCCUUGGGAAAAAUGAUUAAUCAAAAUAUGUGAUGUACAAAUUUUCAAUGUUAUUGUUGUUGUUGAC